UUCAUAUAAAAUAAUGAAACUUAAUUUAUUAUAAUACUCUUUUUCAAGUAAUUACGAAUAAACGUACGCACAAGAUACCUUGCACCUGUUGCACCCAAGAGAGAGAUAUGGCGGAUAUUUCAAGUCUCUUUAAAACUUUCACACCCUCACUUUCUUCGAUAAAAGCAGAUCUUUUAAGAGCCAAUCGUGAAUGUUCGCAAAGGAAAUUAUUUCACAGUUCUAAAUGGGCGGCUGAAUUACUCUACUCCAUUGAAGCACCGGUGGAUUACAAACAAAUCUUGACAGUGCAGGAGAGACCGGACUUUGUUGAGGAGUAUGACAAGUUUUGCCUGGCUUCCAGUUUCUUUGAUCUGAAGGAGUAUGACAGGGCAGCCUUCUUUGUCCAAGACUGUAAGAACAAAAAAGCAUACUUUCUUCACAUGUAUGGCAGGUACCUGGCUGAUGAAAAGAGGAAACUGGACAAUGCUCCGGAUUCAAUCGGUCCUCCAGACAAAUUAGAGAAUGAACACUUUAAAACUCUGAAAACAGAGCUAGCCAAGAAGUAUGCCAUCAAGGAACUGGAUGGAUUCUGCAUCUAUCUGUACGGUGUGGUGUUGAAAAAGCUGGAUUUACUGAAAGAAGCUAUAGAAGUGUUUGUUGAUGCAGUGAACUCUGAACCACUGCACUGGGGGGCGUGGUUAGAACUAGUGACCCUCAUCAAAGACAAAGAGUCUCUGCUGGCACUUUCCCUCCCCAAUCACUGGAUGAAGCAUUUCUUCCUGGGUCACAUUUACCUGGAGCUGCAGUUGAAUGAGGAGGGACUCAAGAUUUACCAACACCUGAUGGACAAAGGGUUCGUCAAGAGUUCCUACAUUGUGUCACAGGUCGCCAUGGCUUACAACAACAUGAGAGAGGUAGAUAUGGCAGUCAACGCCUUCACUGAGCUGACAGAGAUGGACCCCUACAGACUGGAGAAUAUGGACUACUUCUCCAAUACUCUCUACAUCAAGGAAAUGCGGGCUGAUUUAGCUCACCUGGCUCACAGGUGUUGUGACAUUGACAAAUACAGAGAGGAGACCUGUGUAGUUAUAGGUAAUUACUACUCUCUACGGCAGCAGCAUGAGAAGGCAGUGCUGUAUUUCCAGAGAGCCCUGAAGCUGAACCCCCAGUACCUGUCCGCCUGGACUCUGAUGGGGCACGAGUUCAUGGAGCUGAAGAAUACGACAGCCGCCAUUCAAGCCUACAGACAAGCUAUAGAAAUCAACAUACGAGAUUACCGAGCCUGGUAUGGUCUGGGACAGACGUAUGAGAUCCUUAAAAUGCCAUUCUAUUGUUUAUAUUACUACAGACAGGCCCAGAAAUUAAGGCCAAACGACUCAAGAAUGGCCAUGGCACUUGGGGAAUCUUAUGAGAAACUAGAACGACUGCAGGAGGCCAAGAAAUGCUUCUGGAAGGCUCAUGUAGUGGGAGAUAUGGAAGGAAUGGCCCUGAUUAAACUCGCAAAGUUACAUGAGCGCCUAAAUGAGGAGGACCAAGCAGCCUCGGCAUACACCGAGUACAUCAACGAGGCCAACAGAAUGGGGACGUUCAGUGCAGAGGAUCAGAGUCAAGCCUACAAGUACCUGGCUAACUAUCACCUGUUGAGGAACAACCUAGAUGAUGCUUACGCUGCCGCCCAGAAGUGUACAGAGUUCCCCGAGAGGAGAGAGGAGGCCAAGGGAAUCCUUAAAGAUAUCCAGAACAGGCGGGCCAGGAGUGAGGGGGCGUACCCUCACCCCGUCAGGAUGGAUGACAGCCUGGGCUCCAUCUGUCCCGACCCCCUCAACAUCAGCACCAGGACCCCCUCCGUGUGUCUCUCCCCCGUCAAUCUCAAGUUUGAUAUCGGCGACGACUGACCAGGAACUAUUUUACAGUGUGUUCAUAGACUGACUGACAACAAGCUUUUUGCCAUUGUGAUGAAUUGGUCAUCUAUUGUGUUUGUGUAGUCCUGAUAAGAUUCAGUUGGGUUACCUAGCUCACAUGAUGGUUCAUUGUAAUCAACCAGACAAGAACUGUGCAAUCUUCUCACAGCAUGUACUGACCCUGUAGUUUAUUAUGACACCAGAGGUCUGUUCAGCAUAGUUAACACUGUAACUAUUGUGUUAUAGAAAGAGGGAAAUACGGGGAGUUCCUGCUGUGCUAACCUGGCCUCAGUUGUGAUUUGAUUUAUAAGUUGUUUCAAUAAAAUGGUUGAAUGUUUCGAUAAAACAGCCCAUUCUUGUCACAGAUGGUUAUUGACUUCAUGGAAUCUUACAGUAUCAACUAAUAAAUGCUAUGUGGUCCUUAUUGUUGUAUAAAUUUUUCUCUCGAC